CAAAUCAGUUUGAAUUCUGAAUUCAAGCGCUCUAGAACCCAACAAACAGCUGUCCCGCCAAAUAGCCCCAGAUAUUACCACUUACAAAGAAACUCUUGGAGUUUCCCGCCCGCGUUUCUGUUUAUACUUUGCUUUUGUGUGCUAUCAUUAUCAAGUUAUCAGGCUGCGAAAGCUCUCCCGCCGAGUGCAUCAAGUUUCCAGUGCGAUAAGCCCAGGCUCUACCACACCAACUGCCAGAUACUCUAGUUUGGACGCUCCACAGCCCAGAAGAAGAAUGUCCUCCGGAAAGAUCCUGCCACGUCGCCAGGCUGUCCCAGUCCUCUACACCAGGGGGACGCACUAUGAGGUUGGAUUCGAUAUGGGCCGCACUUUUGGCUCGAUGAUCAAGAACUUUCUGAUCUUGUCGAAGCCGCUGAACGAGACCUACUUGCCGCUCUACCAGUCCCCAAAAGGCCGCCAAAUCUACAACGAGACCCUUGAAUCGGUGAAGGACAGCUUCCCCCAGUAUGUCCGCGAGCUGGAGGGCGUGGCCGACGGCGCGGAGGUGGAGUUCCAUAAGUUGUUCCUGCUCCACCUGGACGAGAUCCUGCCGCAGGCUCUCAAGCACCAGCCUCGCAACAAGAACCAGCCCACUGGCUGCUCCACCAUCAUAGUGAACCAAAAGAACUGCCGUCUUUUGGGCCACACGGAGGACGCCCUGACGGAGACCCUCAACCACUACUACUUCGUGGUGGCCCACAUCGUCAGCGACAAGCCUCAGGGCAAGUACAACGUCAAGGAGGAGCACUUCAUGUCGCUCUGCUACGCAGGACACUUGCCGGGCUACACUAUGAACCAGAACCACCACGGACUUGUCUUCAGCAUCAACACCAUCAGUGCGGAGCUGCUGCGAAGUGGAAAAACUCCUCGUCAUUUUCUCACAAGAGCCCUGCUGGCCACCAGCAAUGUGGAUGAUGCCUUCCGGGUGCUUAAGGACGCAGGAGUGGGAGCUGCAGAUGCCUGUUCUGUGAACUUUACCUUCCUGGCUGAUCCCCGUCAGAUGUGCUUCAACGUGGAGGUGGCUCCCUCCCCGGAGCGAAAAAACGAAUCCUAUUUGAGCAUCAAGGAGAUACCUCUUGGCCAGCAUAACUACCAUGUGAAUCAAUUCGAUCGCAUCCGCCAGGACCAGGCCAAUGAGCUGAUGAUUGAUUCCAGCAUCUCCAGGAUGCAGACUUUCGGGACCUACAAGCCGCCGAUGAGCGAACAGGAUGUCCGGCACAUGUUGGGCGACGUGUCCGGCGGAGUCUACUGCGUGUGGCGGGAGAACGGCAGCUGCGACGAGGUGGUGAAGACCAUUGCCGUGGGUAUUUUCGAUCUCAACGCCAGGACGAUGUCCUUGUACUCGGACAAUCCCAGCGAGACUGAGCCGCACUGCCGUCUGCCCCUGCUCUUCAAGUAGUUUCUUCUCUUCGUUUCUUCCAACCGAGAAAUCUCUUCAAAUUUAAAUAAGUUGGAUCACUUAGAUCUCCAAAUCGUACUCAUCCAGAUGUUUCUAAAACAUAAUCCUUUAAACCAAAUGUUCAGAGGUUUUUUUACUCAAUUAUUAUUUUCUAUUUUCCAUACCACUCAUGAAUAUCUGCAUUUUAUAGCUCAGACUAACCAACUAUACAAAAUAUACCUUAUAUGGUACCUAUACCUUAAAACAGACCAAGCGAGAAAGGUCUUCUAUGGCAUUAAACUACAUCAUUCUAUAUAUUGGUUCUAUACUAUGGGUUUACCAUACCACGAUAUUCAAGUAAACCCACAAACAAUCUAUUGAUUUAACCGCAGAUAACCAGAAGUUAAAGUUUACUCCACUGAUUACAAUCAUAUCAUACUCCAUACAUAUGCUUUGUUUCCCCAACUAUAAAGGCUCUCAAAUAUUUUUAGAUUAAAAGGAUUAAAAGACAAAGGCUUUCAAAUCCUUUCAAAAUUCAAAUUGAAACUCAGAUAUGUAACAUGUGUUUUAUAAUAAAUAAAUGAUAUAUUUUUUAUUGAACGAAAA